CAUGUUCAUCAUCUUGCUUUCCACCCUCCGUCUCGUGCACCGAGCUCGUCCUGCGCCCACUCACAUCGCAACCACUACGGAAUCCCCUCCCCCUCCCCUCCUAUUCCCGUCGUGAUUGCACGCAAGUCAUGGGCUUCGAACGUCUGCAUGCCGGAUGCAAGUGCGCGCAGUGCACACGAACUGCGCGUGUUUGCUGUUGUUGUGCUUAGAACUCUAGCUCUGCAUCCACGCCGAAGAUCAUCUGUAAUAAAGUUGCAGACACCUAGGCUGGGAUAGGCAGGCGACGAUGGCACGCGAUGCGAUGCACCGGGCGAUCUUAUGCUGCUCCUCAGAAGGUGCGUAUAGUUCUUGCUUGUGUAGGUACACUUUGCUAUUCGUUCAAGAGGUCACACACACUCUCUUUUUUUUUGGCCCAUAUACAUGUAAUUUAUCAUACAUCUCUUUCGACACCCUCGUGCGUCUGUCCCGUAAUCUGCCUACAGCAUGCACUACUCGUCUUCUUUGUUGGCUCUCAGUGCCGUGUCCAUCGCUACUGCUCAACAACCACAAUAUGAAAAUGGCGGUUACCCACCACCGAGUGGAGCAGAAACAAGUGCAGAGGCGAAUGAGCGAGCGGAUGCGGUGAAGAAGGCUUUUGAAAUCAGCUGGGCAGGAUAUUACCAAUAUGCUUUCCCCAACGACGAGCUCUAUCCUGUCACAAACAGUUUCGGCAAUUCAAGAAAUGGAUGGGGCGCGUCUGCAGCAGACGCUCUAUCUACUGCUCUGGUUAUGGGAGAGAAAACGAUUGUAAAUCAGAUCUUGGAUUAUGUUCCGACAAUCGAUUGGAGUGUGAGCUAUGAGGACCAGGUUGUAUCUCUAUUCGAAACCACUAUUCGCUAUCUAGGCGGUCUACUCUCAGGCUACGACUUGCUGAGCGGACCUCUGAGUGACCUCGCAGAUGACAAGAACAAGGUCGCCUGUCUCUUAUCUCAGGCGCAGAAUCUCGCCAACAACCUCAGCUUCGCCUUUGAUACUCCUACUGGCAUUCCCUAUAACAACAUUUACGUGGGAAACCGGAGCAAUGAUGGGGAAGAUACCAAUGGUCUCGCGACCAUCGGAACGUUGAUAUUGGAGUGGCAGCGACUGUCUGAUCUUACUGGUGAUUUGUCCUAUGGAGAGCUCGCCGCGCGAGCAGAAAGCUACGCCCUGAACCCUCGUCCUGCAUCAUCAGAGCCCUUUCCGGGACUCGUGGGCUCCUCCAUCAGCAUCAGCAACGGCUCCUUUACAGAUGCAUUCGGGGCCUGGACAGGAGGCACUGACUCCUUCUACGAGUAUCUCAUCAAGAUGUACGUCUAUGAUACAUCCCGUUUUGCCACGUACAAGGACCGCUGGGUCCUCGCUGCGGACAGCAGUAUGAAGUAUCUGGCAUCGCACCCCACUUCGCGUCCCGACCUGACUUUCCUCGCCGACUACAACGGCCACCGCCUCAUCAAUUCGAGCCAGCAUCUGGCGUGCUUCGAUGGCGGCAAUUUCAUCUUGGGCGGCAUAGUGCUCGGAGAGCAAAAGUACAUCGAUUUCGGCUUGCAGCUCGUGGAUUCCUGCGAGGAUACGUACGCGCAGACACUCACACAGAUCGGACCCGAGUCGUUUUCCUGGAACGUGACCAGCCUGCCGGCGAACCAGACGGAAUUUUACGAGCGGGCGGGCUUUUGGAUCAAUAACGGUGCCUACAUCCUUCGACCGGAGGUGAUUGAGAGCUUUUACUACGCAUACCGUGCCACCGGCGACCGCAAAUACCAAGACUUUUCCUGGAAUGCUUUUGUGGCGAUCAACGAGACUUGUCGCACAGGGUCCGGGUAUUCUAGUAUUCUCGACGUGAACGCACCCGGCGGUGGCGGGUUUGAUGACUUUCAGGAAUCGUUCUGGUUUGCCGAAGUGCUGAAGUACAGCUAUUUGAUCCAUGCUCCCGAGGCAGAGUAUCAAGUCAGCAACGACGGCAACAACAUGUUUGUCUUCAACACGGAAGCUCAUCCGAUGAAGGUCGCCGGCACGCCGAUAUAACUGGUGAGUCUUUCCAGAGCACGGCAGAUUGUUCCGGAAACAUACCGUAUAAACGACGCAUUACGCCGACUUCGAGCACUACGAUAGAUGUUGAUAAUUGUAUAAUUCA